CCCACCCACUGGCCCCCUCUCCCCCCCCCUCAACCUCACGCUUCGACCACUUCUCUGAUAGACUAAUCGGCAACAUGGCGGCCAACUCACAAGGCAUCCAGACCCUCCUCGAGGCAGAGAAGGAGGCUUCAAAGGUCGUCGCAAAGGCCCGCCAGUACCGUGUCCAGAAGCUCAAGGACGCCCGUACAGAGGCUGCCAAGGAGAUCGAAUCGUACAAGGCGCAGAAGGAGGCCGAGUUCAAGAAGUUUGAGGCCGACCACACCUCGCAGACCUCCAACUCGCAGUCGACGAUCGACUCGACGACCAAGGAGCAGCUCGUGACGGUCGACGCGCAGAUCGACAAGAACGCCGAGGCGGCCAUCAAGAAGAUUGUCAACCGCGUCCUCCUCGUCGAGCCCAAGCUCCACCAGAACCUCAAGAAGGUCGAGGCUUAGGCUGCGUGCGAUGUUACUAGGGUAGCCCUUGUGGCCAAGUGCCCGCCACGCUCGGGGCAGGCAACUUGUAGAACGAGCACUGAAUUGUAGGAUGAAUACCUUAGACUGGG